AUGAACAGAGACGAAGUGGAUGAGGGUCAGCGAGGAAUUCACGGACAUAGAGAACUCCGAGAAGAAUAUUAUGAACAUUCUAAUGAAUCAGGGGAGUCGCACCAUCAGGAAUCAAAUGAUAGUGGGACUUCACCUCAUUCGUACGUUCUUACACAGGAAGGAGAGAUGCUUCGUCGUAGAGAACAGGAAAGAAGAAUGCGUGAGCUAGCCAAGGAUGUGGAUCUGACUAGCCAAAUGGAGCUGAUGGCUAAUUUUGAAGCGAGCUUUUGA